AUGCCGCUGCGCAAAGAACCGCCAACGCCUCGCUCAGCCGCUGUCAAUGCUCGCCUCGAUUCGAACAACGAUGUGGGCCCGUCGAGGUCAGGUCUAGCACCCUUGAUCCCAUUCAAGCCGGGACAGACGUCGUUGCGUAAACAAGCAAUCUUGACGGAAGAAGAGUACACUUGCGCCUUAUCCUCGAUCAUCAAGCGCGACUUCUUCCCGGACCUCGAUCGGAUCACGGCUGAAAACGAGUAUCUGGCUGCGGUGGAGGCAGAGGAGCCGGCGCGCAUACGAAUCGCCCUGGAUCGCUUGCUGCGACUGGACGGGCGGACGAAUGCUAGUCCAGCACCACAGCGAGCUAGCAAGCGGAGCCGCAAUCAUCUGUCGAGAGCUUCAGCAGCGGCAAGGAACGACAGUGGUGAAUGGGACAAUACUCCGAUCGCCUUUGGCUCGUCUUCCGAGGUGUUCGAUCCGACCUUCACGCCUGCCGAAUCAACCAUAUGGCUGGAUCACCAAGGUGAACCUCAGCACGAAGCCGAAGCCGAGGCCGCACCCGCUUCAGGUAUCCAUCCAGAUCUCGACCUCUCCUUGGCCCAUUUCCAGUCGCGCUACACCUCGGAAGACAAUGCGAGCUUCUCACAGCUUCUCGACCGGGACAACGAGCUACGCAAACGUAAACACGCCCAUCUCUUUGCACAUGAAGCAGCAUCCGGAAAGCGUCGCCAACAGCUGAUAGAUGCGGAGAGGCGCGAUGCAGAAAGGGGCAAACGACUGAUGCUAGAGGCGAGCCCAGAUGAUUCGAACAUGUCGGAAGAGGCGACAGAAAUGCUCUUGAUCGAGGGUAGCGAUGCAAAGGUAGAGGAGAAAAGCGCCACGGCGGCGGCGGUGACGGUGACAGGACAGAGGCCGGAAACCAGCAGUGAAAAGGAUCCGAUGGACGAUCUCGUCCUCGUUUGCGAGCCACGACAAGACGAUCGACGGACAGCAAGCGGUCUGCAUCGCUGGAAAUACACGGCGCGCAACGCGCUCAUGUUCGGUGCAGAUGCCAAUGAGUCAUAUCUGCAUGCUCGGCCUCUCGGUGUCACUGCCGAUCACGAGGCGUCGAGACCACAAACAAAUUUUACAGCGCUUCGGCUUGGCGAACAAUCCAACUCUCACACAGCAGUACGCCACGUCGACGCGCCGCAGAGUGAAGCCGGAUGGUGUGCUUCCACUUCUCGCCUCGACGCUGCCAUUCAACGCGGUCGAGCUGGGUCGUUUACCUCUCCGGUAGCUUCUGCCUCCGGUGACGAAACGCCCAAAGUUAACGGCUACGGCUUUGUGACGCCCUACUCGACACCCCAGUCUGGCAACAGCCAGUCCGUGGACGGUGAGAUGCAUUUACGUGUCUACAAUGCGAUCAAACGCUCGCGUCAGCACCAUGUAACGGCAUCCACCAGCAUCGACGAUAUCGCUGCGCGUGCAUGUGGAUUUCAACUGCCUCGGUUGGAUAAACGCGAACAGCUCGCAGAGAAACUCACCAGUACGCCUAAGCUGAAGCGAGCGGCAGAGCGCGCGUCGACGCCAUACGGACAGGCGAGGUAUACUGGAUUGACGCGUUUGAGAACGAGUGCAUUCGGCAGAUCGCCACAGAAGAUGCGCGACAAAGUGGGAGGUCUCACGCCAGCGGCAAAGGCUCUGUUGGAUAGAAGCACACGUGGUCUCACCCCUGCGUCGGCUCGACAACGCGUAGCUAGCCCAAUUGCAUCGCAGCGCCAUGAUGCUAACACAGCAAAAUCGUUAGGAGACAGAAGCUGGACCCCUACAUCUCAACGCACACGACAUUGA